AUGUCUCGAACCAUCGAGCUUCAACCGAUGGAGGGUCUGUCUACUCAUCAUCGGAUGGUCACUCUCAAAGACAAAUCGAAGGAGGAGCAUCUGGCUGAACAUGAUGAACAAGAUAUCGAGCAAACUGUGCUGGUUCCCGAUUCCGAUGAUGAAUCGCAUGACGUGUAUCCUGAGGGUGGCCUAAGAGCGUACCUCGUUGUGUUGGGGGGAUUUUUUGGUUGUAUUGUCAACUUAGGUGUUCUCAACUCUAUUGGGGCGGUACAAAUGUGGGUGUCUGGACAUCAACUCAAGUAUUACCUGGCGCUGACUAUUUCCUGGAUUUUUUCAAUCUAUUUGGCAUUGACCUAUAUGCUUGCCAUCAUUGCCGGUCCUAUAUUCGACCGUUACGGCCCACGGCAUAUCAUGAUUGUGUCAGCUCUUCUCAUGUUUGGUGGUCUUAUGGGAGUUGCGAGUGCCACCGAAUUAUGGCAAUUUGCGUUGGGGUUCAUCUGCCUUGGGACCGGUAAUGGGCUUGGCAUGAGUCCUCUGAUUUCCACUCUUAGUCAUUGGUUUUUUGAGAAACGAGGCACGAUGGUGGGUUUUGCGACACUGGGUGGCCUGGUGGGGGGUUUGGUGUUUCCACUUAUGCUCCGAUAUGCUUAUUCCAAAUACGGCUUCGAAUGGGCCAUCAGAAUUUUGGCGUUCACGACUUUGGGUUGUAUGGUAGUUGCUACUGCGUUGGUAAAAGAACGCUUUCGCCGACUGCCACUGCAAAUGUCUGAAAACCAUCGACUGACACUGAAAUGGGGUCACCUCAAAAGCAAAGUUUCUUUGAAGUUCCUCGUUGAGUUAGAUCGUCGUUAUUGGAUACUUGUUGCUGGUGGAUUUUUUGCUGAGCUCUCACUAGUGUUGAUCAUGACAUACUUCUCAACUUAUUGUAUUGCAAAGGGCCAGACAGAAUCAACGUCAUUGUUAUUGGUGACAGUAUGGAACGCUACUGGUAUUCCUGGACGAAUUGUCCCUAACUUCGUCAGUGACUAUUUGGGCCGGUUCAACAUGAAUGUGGCAAUGAUUCUAGGAUACACAAUUGUCAUUUGGGCAGUUUGGCUUCCGCUAGGUCAUUUGGUUGGGGCGCUUUAUGCAUUUGCUGCCAUUGGUGGAUUCUUUUCUGGCUCAAUUCUUCUGCUAUUGCCAGCAUGCCUCUCGCAAAUCACGCCUGUGAGGGAGAUCGGAAUCCGUUAUGGUAUAGUCAACUUUGUGUUAUCCAUUGCGAACUUAUUUGGCGUCCCAAUAGCACUGGCAAUCAUCGGUCAGGGUACACUGAGCGACUAUGACAAAUUCGUAAUUUUUGUCGCUUGUUUAGCCACCGCAGGUUUGGUGUUAUGGUACGUCGACCGUGGCGCGGUGGCAGGGUAUAAAGUGAACAUUAAAGUGUGA